ACUGAUUGUCCUUUCAGUGGCCCUUUGUGUGAACUAUCGCGCUUCCCUUCCAAUAGAUCUUUGACCAUUUAUGCUAUAUAGGUCGACUCUGCGCUUCUCUCUUCUCCUCUCGCCUCGUCCAGUCGAAUACGUGGCCUAGCACGGGUACCGAAUCCAUUCACCUAGCCUCUUACCAAGAAUUCCACCUUCCUCAGCGCAGUUGUGCCCCAGCUCCUUCAUCUAAUGGACCAUGCACUCCGGUAUAUCGGUCGACAACGUCUUUGUGCCUCCGCUGGGGCCGGAACACGAGGUGGCCACCUCUCCGGCGUCUUGGCCGCUCGUCGCGCCCAUCCAUCGCCUGCCCAUCGAACUGCUGUCAAGAGUCUUUGUCGAGCUUAGCGGUGCUCAGGUAGAUCAAUUCAAACACAAAUCAGAUGAGCGGUACGUCCCUCAUCUCAUGACCAUCACGGCUGCCAGCGUGUGCAAGCGGUGGCGCGCUGUGGCUCGAGGUACACCAGACUUGUGGGCAUCUAUCUACGUCAACAAGAAGACUCGGCACGUCGAAGCAUUUCUCGAUGCAUGCAUCCUCAACUCUGGUCGGCGCUCACUCGACCUGCACUGCUCUUCCAAGAAACUCCUUCCUACCUUCCUUUCACGACUUUUGCCUCACAAUGAGCGGUGGGAGCAUCUGUCCAUCUCCGCGGGUGAAACCACACCCCUCGCUGUCCUGUGCACAAGCCGAUAUAGCUUUGGGGCACUGAAGGAGCUCCAUCUCGAAGUCGUAACUAUGCCAUCGGGCACGUGGGACUUCCUCGCCAACGCACCUCGCCUCGAAGAACUCUGUGUGACCGGCUCGUCCACGCGGGGAAGAGUCAUCAUUCCACCCAUGUACAACCUUCGGAGGGUGGAGUAUCAUGUCAUGUACGAGGUGUAUCACGUCUCCUCCAUCUUCGACGCCGUCGCACACUCUCGCGAGACACUCGAGUCGCUCUAUCUCUCCUUCAACUGCUCGCCAUCGGACCUGGAGCUGGGGCAGCCGGUGCUCAUGCCCGCGCUCGCGCAACUGGACCUCGACUGGACGUGCCAAGUCUUCAUGAAGUCCAUCAUCGCGCCCAACCUUACCGACAUCGUCAACGUGUGCCCGCACGACGAACUGAGUACACCCCGGCUCGUACUCACACUAAUAACCCACCCGCAAGCCGACCCCCGUUCUCUGGGAUUACUCGACCUCCAGGCUCUGUACGUUCUCGACGAGGAGCUCAGCCGGACCCUCCUGCAAGCCCUCACCCUCAUGGUCAAUCUCGAGCCCGCGACGCCCCACCGCAGCGACACCUUGCUCGUGGGGCUUUCUCUCGCGAAGCACCACGGUGUGCCGCCCAUCCUGCCACUUCUGUCGAAGUUGUCCUUCGGCAUCGAGCCAUUCCUCAGUGCCGACGAGCUCGCGCGGCAGCGCCGCCUUCUCCUGGACGUAGUCCGCUCUCGGAUGGAGCCGAAAACGCUCGAUGGGCAGGCAUUCGUCGCUCUACGGGGCUUCGCAAGCAGCAUCGAGCUUCCCGAGCUCCGCCCGAAAGUAGAGGAGUGGUCUUGUACUGCACAGUAUGCAUACAUCGGGAAUUGAGGAGUGUGAGCGGACGACUUGGGGUAGUCAUCGUCUUGUGGAACUUUGUCUAAUUUGCUCGAAAUGUUCUUUCCUCACCAAAGCGCCACCCUCCGCUCCUACUUACUACGACUGCAUGCGCUGAAAGCACCGCCACCAUCUGCCACUUUUGCCCGUCU